GUCUUAUGAAUUACACUGUAUCUGUUCAGGUUUCUUCCUCUUCCUCUUGAGGUAUCGCACUGGUGGGCUGUGCCACAUGCGCGAGCUGAUUAGCAUGUCCAGAUCCGCACCUUUUCGCCGCACCUGCCCAGAAAUUGUACAGAAACGAAUUGAAUAUGCUCGUGAACUUCAGUUUUUUGUGGUGCAAGAAUUGGGCCCCAUGGCGUUUAUUAUCAAGGAGCCAAAUGCCCCCUCACCAUCGCCCGAUUCAGUGACUGCCAACAGAACAGGUCGAAAAUUUAAAGUGGGACUUGGAUCGCUGCAAACCUGUACUUGCUCUUCAUUUAUGAAGGAUGGCGAGCUUUGCCAUCACACGCUUUGGGUAAUGCUUAAGGUUUUUGGAGUGCCCCAAGAUAGCGAUAUACUGUAUCAGCAGUCACUGGUAGAAAGAGAGAUUGCGGAGCUUAUGAGAUAUCGAAAUCACCGUCGACCCACACUACCACCACCUGAGGCUUCACCCAAGACUUCUUCGGAAACCUCCAGUGAAGCGGGGAUACCUCCGCGUCCAAUACAAGAAAAUGACAUCUGUCCGAUAUGCCAAGAAGAAUUGAUCUCAUCGUCUUCAUCUCUGACGUACUGCAAAACCAGCUGCGGGAACCACAUGCACGUCAAAUGUGUCAGAGUCCUCAUGGAACAUCAGAGCAAAAGCAUGGGACUGGAUACUGUGAAAUGCCCACUGUGCCGAAAGGAUUUAGGAACUGUCGAGGAGCUCAAAACCCAAUUGUCCGCCGAAGAGAAAGGGGAUCGGCAAAAGAGAAAAGAAAAGACCAGGAAGCCAGCAUUGCACAAAGGAACGUCAUGUCAAGAAUGCGGAUGUCUCUCUAUUGUCGGAAAGUGUCAUCGAUGCACUGUUUGUCAGAGCUACCAUCUCUGUGAUAAAUGCUUCACAUCUGGGGCGCACAGUGAUCACACAUUCACACACCGAUCCCGCCCGAAUUCCCCAUCUCGCCUAUCCCCACGUCGUGUUGCACCGACAUUUCCCCAAGCUGUUCUAGAAGACAUGCAGACUCGGGAGCUGGGCGAUGCAGACUAUGAGGCCCUUCUGGCACUGGAUUCACCAGGAGUGAAUCAAGGCGAUAUCCCAUUACAUGUUGUCAACGGAUUUCCAACGGACCGUGCGGUCGGAAAGAACUGGGUUGGAGAUUCGUGUAAGGUUUGUAUGCAAAAAAUCCAGACAGGGGACGUUGUGAGAAAAAUACCAUGCUCGCAUGGCUUUCAUAGGAAUUGCAUCGAUCGCUGGCUCUUGCAAUGCCGUACAACUUGUCCGACAUGCGGCCUUGCGGCGUACUCGUCCAUUACGGCCGAUUCCAUUGAUACUACUACCGGCGUUGGCGAUCCCAUCGAUCUUAAUGCUGCAAACUAUCAGGCUGCUAAAUAUCCUGAUAAAACAAAGCGCAAAAAGAAGCGCAAAGAAAAGAAAGCUGUGCAGCAGCAAUCCUCCGAGGAGCACACUCGUGCAAGUGACAGCUCACUGAAUGCGAUGAUUAUUUUCGGAUCCAGGAGUGAAUUGAUGACCAAAUUAAAUCCAGAAGAAAUGCAAAUCUGUAUAGCAGGUGAUCAUGCUUUCGCAGACCAGACGGGGGGAAGUACUUCUGGAGCCACGGCGGAUAGCGUUAUGAAUGCUCCAUUUUCCCGACAAACCUCAUUUCGAUCUCCAAUAGAAGGCAAGAUGAGUCCAACAACUUCCAGUGACCGCCGCAACAAGCAAGUGCUCAUGGGAAUCCGAGGCCGGCAACCGCAAAGUGUCCUAAAGGCCACUAAAACCGUCUCCGAAGGCAUUACCCUACCUCCAAUCCACAUUAAAGGGAUUCAUGGCAUUUGUAGCCCUCUUCCCCAAAAGGAUAACCCCAACCCCAACCCCAACCCACACAAAGCACGAAAGGCUAAAUUGCGUCCACAAAAACUGUCGUUUAGUGCUGGUAGACAUGGGACGUCAGGGCAAGAUACUUCGCUGAACGACCUUGUAAGCACAAGACAGCUGUCAAUAGGUCCCCAAAUGCAGAGACCAUUGGUCGACAUGUAAAAAUGGCAUUUAUGCGGCAAGUGUAAUGUAGAUAUGGCAAUAAAAAUGCCUUCCCAUUGGGGACUUCACCAAAUUAGUGGCACAUGCUAGCGGGUGUUCAGUAUGUCUGUAUUCAUUGUCCAAAGCAUCUUAUAGACCUC